AUGCAGCGUGUGCAGAACCCAUCCGCCGGCUCACAGGCCCAGGUUGCCCAGGUGCGGCCUGGAUAUGUGAUGAUGCGCUCGGGUGUCCUUACGCCUGUGGGCAGCGGCUACUUUCCGGCACCAGCUGUCCCAGCAUCGCCGGUGAUGCCAGUUUCCCCCGUUCGGGGUCCUGGGACUCCAGUUGGCACUCCACUGAUCCAAGCGAGGCCUCUGAUGCAAUCCGCUUCUGCCGCUUCCGGGUCGCCUCUGAUGCGCUCCACUGCCGGGACGCCACCAGGAUCCGGUCUCAUCGCGCGCCAGGGCUCCGUCGUGGCAUUGCCGGGCUCCUUCGUAGCAGCUCCCGUCGUGCGUGUGGCGGCCGCGCCUCAGACCCCGCGAGUACAGGCGCCGCAGGCCUACCGUGUGGUGCGCAGCCAGUCGUUGGUGCAACCGCAGCCUUCCCAAGCGUUGACAAAGCUGGUCGACCUCCUCGAGAACGAGAACAACAUCGAAAAGGUGAUGCUCGCUCACUACAGAAAGUACGCCUCUGACAGAGGCAUGAUGCGCCCAGAGGGGGCGCGGAGCUUUCUCAUGAGCCUGGCUCUGUCCUUGGGCUUUUCAAACCCCCAGCAGAUUUUGGGCGAUGUGGAGCAAAUGUUUUGGCGCUUUGACUUCAGUGGCGAUGGUGAGCUCGAUGAGUUGGAAGCCUUCCAACUUGUGAAGUUCGUGCUUCGAAGGGCUCGUGAUCGGAUGAUGCCUUCCAACGCCAUGCGCGUGGGCCAGCUGCCAAGGAAGGACUUGCAAAAAGAGUUCGAGCUCUUGAAGAAGCUGGGCGCUGGAGGACAAGGCGCCGUGUACCUCGCAAAAGAGAAGACGCGGAGCGGUCCCGAGCGAGUCGUCAAAUUCUUCACGAAGGCAGGCGCACAGCUGGCUCUCGACGACUUAAAGGAGGAAGUGAACAUUCUCCGAUGCCUGGAUCAUCCCGCCAUCGCCCGGGUGCUCGACAUCUUCGAGGACCCUCAGAACGUGUACCUGGUAGCCGAGCCCUACUUCGGUGGCGACCUAACGGACCUGAUGAACAAGGCAGCGAAGCACAACGUGCAACCGACGCACGAGUGGCUGGGGAAGAUCUUCAGACAGAUCUUGGAAGGAGUGGUUUACAUCCACGACCAUCGGAUCAUGCACUGCGACCUCAAGGAGUCUAAUGUCAUGAUCGCCAACGGCUCCGAUUGGGCAUCACCCCAUGUUGUCAUCAUCGACUUCGACAUGGCCAAGGAUUAUUCUGGCAGGCGGAAAGGAGGCACUCCUGGCUACAUGCCCCCAGAAGUCUGGCAGUCCGAUCUCUGGACGCCGAAGGGCGACGUUUUUGCGCUGGGAAUUCUCUUCUGGGCAGUCUACAACCGCAAGGAGGGUGGACCCUUCAACGUGCCAGACGCACCUCCUUACGCACGGAUCCAGCUCAUGACUCUCCAGUCGCACGUCGACGCCUCCAUGCUCCCGGCUGGUCUCCGAGAGACAACACUGGAGAUGACCAGGAAAGAUUUCAAGCUCCGGCCAACAGCAGAUAAGGUCCUGAAGACACCUUACUUUCAGCAGCUUCCCGCACAGCUGCCUCUGGAUCCGGAGCUAGUGAAAGCCGUGGAUCAGAUGGGCGAGAAGAAGCAGAUUCAGAAUUUGCUGGCACACGAGCUGAUCUCCAAGGAGAAUCUGGGACAGCUUCAUAACUUGAACAGCCUCUUCCAGAGCCUGGAUAAGGACAACAGCGGCACUGUGGAGGUGCAAGAGGCUCGUGAGGUGCUCGAGAAGGCGGGCUUGAACCAGAACCAGAUCGGCAAGUUCCUCUCCGGACUUCUGGGUGACAAGGGCUCCGUGCAUUACACCGAGUUCAUGGCGAAGCUCGUGAUGGCGCAGCGGGGCGUGCGAGAGGAGGAGAUCGGCGCCGCCUUUGCAUCCAUUGACUUGGACGGCUCUGGGACGUUGGAUGUGAACGAGGUGGAGAAGCUGCUCCAACAGCCGGAUGCCGCGCGUCUCCUGGAGGGGCGUGCGGCCAAGGACGUCAUCGAGGAGAUGGACAGGAAUGCCGACGGUGUUGUGGAUUUCAAGGAGUUUCGCAGAGCGAUGUUGGGAGAUGCCAACACGGUCAUGUUCUGGAAGAAGGGCGAUGCAGCACGUUAUCUGAGCUCCAGCUUUGAGCGGUGGAUUCCCUGCCGCGUCGAGGAUGUCGAUCAGGAUAAGGAUUCCGUGAUUAUCGACCUGAAACCGGGCGUCUGGCUUACUCCCGAGGACAUGAAGCAUCGGCUGGUCCCCGGGAACACUUGUUGGUCCGUCGGUCGGAAGAACAGCGGCUGGGAAGCCGAGUCGUAA